UGGAGAUCUUUUUGACGUUUGAGAUCAACGCGUCCGCGCUGUGCGCGUCUAUGGUUCUGCUCGCGUGGAAAGUCAACGAGAAAAAUUCGUGACGUGCUUAACCCACAUCUUCCUCGUAGAUUCGGAAAAUGUCCGCGUUCUUGUGAUUUCUCUUUUGCUUUUAUCAAAAUUUAAUUUACUUCUGUAAACGAUUGGACUUGCUGAAGUAACGAUUCGAAUGUUUUGCGAGAGAAAAUAAUGCUUAUACUCGCGUACCGAUACCAGUGCCAGAUACGAUAGCUAGGUUUUAUAUAAAUAAAAAGCAGGCAUUACUGUCUUACAAACAGUAUGAAUAAUCCUUAUAGAGCCAGACCUGCUAGGUCUAGGGUAGAUCACAGUUUAGGUUAUGGAGCUCAUAAUCAAAAUGUAUGGAAUCCAAUGUCUAAAGUAUCAUCAGAAGUAUCAUCAAAUGAUUCCACUCAACAUCAAUCUCCUUUAUUAAAUCAGCCAAAACAACCUAAUGAUCCUUGGAAUAAUUCAUGGAAUUGGGAUUUUGACAAACAGACAGAUAAUCAACAACAGCAACCACCACAGCAAGAGCAACAACAACAACAGCAUUAUGUACCUUCAUAUACCAAUCAGGGACAACUGAUAUCUAAUUCUAUUCAAGAUCAUUAUUAUCAAAAUAUUAAUGGUAAUAAAAAUGAUCUUCUCAAUCAGAAUUCAACAUCAGACAGAAAUACACCAGGAACAAUUCCGAACAGACCAUCAGUUCCUAAUCAUACAGAAUCUUUUGCACCUUAUUCAAAUUAUAACCAAUAUCAGCAAUAUCAGCAGUAUCCACCUCGAACAAAUUCUAUUAAAUCUGGAUCUAUGAAUUUCGAUCAAUCUCAAUGGACAGGUGAUCAACAGUCUCAGAAUGUUCCAUAUUUGCAAAAAUCAGGUAUACAAAAUCAAAAAGAGCAAGCAUCACAUCCUACUCUAGUUGGUAGUAAUUGUAAUUGGAUGAAAUCUAAUCAAACAAAUAUAAUAACUUCACAAAAUUGGCAAAAUCCAGGCGUUGCACUGGGACAUUGGCAAGAUUUAAAACUAGAUAAAGAAGCACAAAAUUUUGAUGACAUAGGAAAUCAAUAUACACCACCAAUACAACAAACUAAAUCUGAUCAGCAUCUUUUAUCUUCUACCGAGAAUAAAGAAGAUUUUAUAAAUGAUACAAAUAAUGCAAAUAAUUGGUCAAAUCAAAUUAAUAUGUCCUCCCAAUGGAACACUCAAAAUCGUGAAUCCGAAGUAUCAAAUCAAAAUCAACAAGUAACACGAACUUAUAGCACCAAUGAUGAAUUUAAUUCUUGGUCUAAAACAAGUACUGAAAUUUCACAGCCAUGGAAAAAGAUGAAUGACAAUAAUGCUCAGUGGCUACAGAAACAAGAUAAUUUAAUGGAAGAAAAUAUUAAACAAGAAGCAAGAAUUGGUGCAGUUACUACAAAUGAUUGGCAACAAAAUCGUACAAUAUCAUCUCAUCAUAUUCCUAAUGUUCAUCCUAAUGUUAUUCCAGCAGUAGAGUCUAAUGUAGAACAAGAAGAAAGAAAACGGUCUAUACCUUCAUCAAUUCCAAAUUCUGUAAGUUCUAAAGAUUCUAAUAUACAUACAAAAACGAAUAUUGCUAAAUCAUAUGUGUCUGAUUCCCGACUUAAUAUGACUGCUACUCCUGAAACUAUAUCAACUGCUGCAAGUUCUGAAAAUAUUUCUAUGCAAGAGAACAAUGAUUUCAAUUUAGUAAAUGAUUCAAUAGAAUGGAGUAAAAGUAAUUCAGUAGAAGAGUUGCCCACAAAAUUAGAACAGUUAAAUCUUGGCACUAAAGUAAGUAAACAUGUAGAAAGUCAAAAUGAGUCGAAAGAAGCACAGUCUGUUAAUUCUGAAGAUGGGUGGAAUCAAAGUGCAAUUUCUAAUAUUAGUGUUACACCUAAUGAUAUAUCUGGAUUAUCUUUAGAUUGCACUGCAUUUGGUGCAGAAAAUAUUCAUUCUAAUGAUGAUCUUAUUAGUCAAGACCGUUCAGUGCUUAAUGCAUAUCAAAUGACAAAUAUUAAACCUACAGAUAAUAUACCACAAAGUGGAUACGAUCAAUGGUACAGUCAGGAUACAUUGUCACUCACUACAGAAAAUACAUUAUAUUCGAAAGAUAAUGUUCAUCCACCUAAAGAAUGGAAUAUAGAACAAAACGUAGAAAACUAUGAAAAUAUUCAACAGCCUUCAGAAUUUGUAAAUUUAGAAGUAGUCGCGCCAUCAUUACAAAAACGUGAUAUAUAUGGCUCAAGAGAUUCUAUAAAUAAAGAAACUUUAGAUAAUGAUCCUAAACCAGUUUCAAUUUCUACCAAGGAAAUAACUGGUACUCGUGAUUUUAGACAAGAAAUAAAUAAUAUUGAAGUACCUUCCACGCAGCAAUCAACACGAUCUCAUUCGCAUCUUCAAACAGAACAGGUACCAGAUAAUUAUGAAUUCGCGUCAAAUGAUAGAAAUACUUUUUUGGAAACCGGAGAGUUAACUGAUUCUCAUCAAGAACAUGAACCCACUCCGUCAAGUCAGGAUGAUGAAAAUGAUGAAGUACCUAAUGACAUUCCUUUUUUACGUGAAAUACCAGGACAAUCAAGCUCCAUAGAUCCACGUAGGAAUGAUCCAACUGGGCAGGAACAAUAUGUUCAAUCUGGUCAAAGAUUAUCUGACCCAAGAAGAAAUGAUCCCUCUGGUCAGGAACAAAGUCUUCAGCUAAGAAGUAUACCAGAAAGAUCAGAACGUCGCGAUGUUCCACCUGGUCAAGAAAGAAAUGUUUCUUUACUUUCCGACACGAUAGAACGUCGGAAUGAUCCAUCUGGUAGAGAACGAUCUCUGCCUCCGCAACAAUCACGAAAUGAUCCGUCUGGAGAAGAAAGGUAUCAGUUACAAUCUCAAAUUAUGUUAGAACCAAAUGAGAUACGGGAAAUACCUGGAAGAGGUAACGAAUCUGAAGAUCUCGUUCAGCAAACGGAUGAGAAUCUUAGACAAAUACCGGGCGGUUCGUCUCCAAAUGAAGUUACUCAGUCUUCAGAUGAUAGAUCUAAUGGAAGAGUAGUUACAGGUUCUCAAGAAGUUUCUUCUAUAGGCACUAUUCAGGAUCAAACCAGUGAUUCAAGAAAUAAACGCGAGGAAGCUGUGGGAGCAUCAAUACGCGAGACUCAAGGAAUUUCUAGUGUAUCGAAUCGUAGAGAUUCAUAUGAAGAUGAAGAUGAUGAAGGCUCUGGAAAUAGUAGGGACGAUAGCAGAGAAAGACGACGUGACAGUAGUUCAGAACGCCGAAGAUAUGAAUACGAACGAAAAAACGCAUAUUAUGAUCGUGAACGGGAAUAUGAUGAUGAUUAUUAUUAUGAUCGUCGUCGUGGAGGUGAAAGUGAUCGAACAUACAAUACUCGUGACGAAUUCGAUCGUCGAGAAAUUCCUUACCGAGAAGAUGAUCGCAAACAUCAUAGUCGAGAUGAUCUAGAUAGACAUGCGAGAGAGGAGAUCGAUAGAAGAAAUAGAACUAAAGAAGAUUUAGAUGAUAGAGAUAUUAGAAGACGACCAGACGAUCGUAGAAAAGAUAGGGUUGAUGAUGGAAUGCGACGUAGGGAAAGGGACAUUAGAGAUUAUGAUUUACGAUAUUCUAGAGAUCGCGAUUAUCUUGAUCGUGACAGAAGAAGAGAUGACAGACGAACAAGACGAUACGAUGAUUACGAUAUAAGAGAUACAUAUAGGAGAGAAUAUUACGACGAUCCUUAUAGUAGAGGAUCUAGACCAUCCAGUAGAUCUUCUUACAAUGACAGAGAUCGAGAAUACUAUAUGCGAUCGAGAGAUCCGUAUUAUCCUUAUAAUGGAUAUCCUGGAUACGAGUAUAGUGUUCAUUAUGCUAGUAACUAUUAUGCAUAUAUUGAAAAUUUGCGACGUACAAAUCCUGCUGCUUAUUCAGAAUGGUAUCAUAAAUAUUAUGCUAAUCAACAUCAGCAACAACAUAUUUCUCGUGGUGUUGUUAAUUAUCCCGAAGACAGAGCAAGUGUCCAUUCUGGGCGUAGUUCUUGCGAUGAAAGAACAACUGGUGACAAACGAACUUUGGCUGAUAUGUCUAUGCUUGAAGAUUCAAUAGCUACUUCUGCACGAAUGACACCGACUAAAUUUUCUAUUUCACAUGUUUAUGGAUGUUUUUCUAUUGGAUCAUUGAUACAUGUGCAUCCAGCUUAUCCGUCUGAUGGUGAAAGAGCCAAAGUAGAAAUUUUUAAAUUGGACAAUUUACUUUCACAUGAUCCUGUAGCACGUGAUUUACGUGCCUAUCCUGGUCCUCUAAUUAAGCAAGUGGGUGUUACUCAUAAAAAAACCAUUAUCGAAUAUUGUGAAAAUAAAAUUAAAAAGGCGGCAUCAAAUGAGGAAAUGAUCGAUCGUGCUUCGUAUAUACUUUUAUAUGAAUUAAUGAUUAUGUUGAUUCAACAAAAUGGAAAUGUUGUUGGCGUUGAUAUAGCAGCAUUGCUACUUAGAAAUAAAGACGCGUAUCCUUAUGAGAAACAAAAAUUGCAGGAUUCAGAAAGAAGGGAAUCGAUAAUAUCUCAAAGAUCGGGUGCCUCAAUUACAGAUAGUAUUCAAGGUAAUCAAGAUAGUAUAGCAAAAACCGAAAAAGUCGAAAGUAAUCCACAAAAAAGUGUGGAACAAAUAACAGAUGAGUUUAGGAAAACACUACUUUACGGAUUAGUUCAAGAAGCAUUAGAAUAUGCAAUGAAUGAAGGUCUUUGGGGACAUGCACUUUUCUUAGCUAGCAAAUUGGAUAAACGUACACAUGCAUCUGUAAUGACGCGUUUUGCUAAUAGUCUACCAUAUCACGAUCCAUUGCAAACUUUGUAUCAACUUCAUUCUGGCCGUAUACCAGCUGUAGUUACUGGUAUAUCAGAUCUUCGAUGGGAUGAUUGGAGACCUCAUUUAGCAAUGAUUAUAUCCAACACAUCCGCUAAUCCUGAAAUUAAUCGUCGCUCAAUUACAACUCUCGGUGAUACACUUUCUGCACGAGGAGAUGUUUAUGCAGCUCAUUUUUGUUACAUACUUGCACAAGUUGAUUUUGGUAUCUAUGGCGCAAGUAACGUAAAGCUUGUAUUAAUCGGUGCAAAUCAUCAUAAAUCUUACAAUGCAUUUUUUACAACGGAAGCUGUUAUGCUCACGGAAAUAUAUGAAUAUGCUAGAAAUCUUAGUGAACCAGGUUUUACAUUAGUAGAUCUACAAACCUUUAAAUUUGAUUUGGCAAUAAAAAUGGUAGAUCAUGGAUUAAUAGAGAAAGCCUUAUUAUACAUAGAACAAAUUGCAGUAAAUAUUUUUAACGAGCCAUCGAAGUAUAAGAAGUCGUUUAUCAAUGCAGUAUACAAUUUAGGAGACAGGAUUCGAUAUCAUGAUCCUAUCUAUAAAGAUUCAGUUGAUGAAGCUACAACCUUAACUUGGUUCAAUAAUCUAACUGAAAUUGUUGAUAAAUGCCACGAGGGAAAAAUUAUCGAAAAUGAAGUUUAUGCUCUUCAAGCAAAACAAGAAUCAUACAACAAUAUACAAAAUCAAGAAGUGCACGAAAUUAAGCAACAACAAUGGAGUACGAUUCAAUCCGAAUACAGAGAAGGUCCAACGUCGAUGAUGGAAGUAGCUACGGCUGAUACACAAUCAGAAUGGCAACCGAUAUCUCUACCAUCGAAUGUACCAGAUACAUAUGAUCAAAAUAUGCAAUAUGCAGGAAAUAAUGAAGACUCUUGUCAAUACCAGCAAUCUCAACAGCAAGAUUAUUGGAAUCAAGACUCGUAUUAUCAAAACAAUUAUGGGAGAAACGAUAGUACCAUUACAAAUUGGCAACAACAAUCAACAUAUCCUUCAGAACAAGGUGACAUUGAUGAUUCUCAGCAGCAGGAAAAAUGGAACUAUAAGAUGGAAAGGGAACAAAAAACACCAACCCUUGAAUCGUCACAACCGACGAUUUCGAUGACACCGUCAACGAGAAAACAGUACGAUCCGUUGGAAGAAUUGGAUGCUCUUGAGACUCCGAAACCAGCUUCAAAACCUGUAGCUUCAACCAAACAAAUUUCAGAAAAGCCAAUCGAAAAAAAAUCUUCUAACAGUGGUUCUUGGUUUGGCGGACUUUUUAGCAAACUUGCUCCAAAACCAAGAAACCAAAUGAUUUUACCAGAUGACAGUAACCCAACGAUCGUUUGGGACCCGGUAGCUAAAAAAUGGAUGAAUAAAGACGAAGAUGGAGAUAGUAAUUCGGCUACAAUAGCUCCUCCUCCAAAAGCUUCUGAUAUGGGAUUUAGACCACCUGUGCCUGAACAAAUAUCUCAACCUUCUCAAUCAUCUCAAUCACCUUUACUAGCAGAUGAAUCCACUGUGAACAAAUUUAAAUUACCCAGAGGUAGAAGUAUGCGUGCCAAUUACAUAGAUGUAAUGAAUCCAGGUGGUGGUUUAAAAAAUAACGUAACAUCUUCAAAUAUAACAACAUCUCCAAUGGUACCCAUGGCUAGUUCAUCACCUCAGUUAUUUAUUCCUGCACCAGUUAACGAUCCUAGUGCUCCUAUGGAUUUCUUAACUUCAACGGCAACAUCAACCAUAAGUACGAAUGUUUCGGAAAAUACAUCUCAAGGGUUCUCUCGAUGGAGCUCAACCAGCUCGUUAUCGCGAGAGGUGCAGAGCUACACUAUGAGGGAUCCGCGUUUUCUCCCACAAGACAAGGGACCAAUGAUGUACAACCCGAAUGACAUGAAGAAUCGUUCAGUGAAGAACGUACAGCAGAAUCGAUAUCCUCCACGAUAAAAUUCACAAGAUCACAUUCGAAAUUUUCACAAACCACACUGGCAAGCAUACCUCAAAUUACGUAAGCAAAUAAUAAUAGAUGCUUUAUAAGUUUUAGUCAUGUGAAUUUUCAAUUUCGACUUUACAAAGAUCAAUUUAUUUUCUCUAGAAAUACAAUUUCUAGGGAAUCAUAUAUAAUAUGUAUGUACAUCAAGCAGAUAAUUUCUCUUAAAUAGCACCGUGAGCAAAAUCUGGAAAAUAUCACAAUUCACGAGAAAACAAUGUUUAACAAGCCGUUAAUGUUAAGAAUUUCACUUGUUUCUGUUUCUUAUCUUGGAGAAUUUCGACAAAUUGUUUAAUCGUAUUUCGGUAGUAUACAGGGUACUUGUUUUGUAAAAUUAGUUUUUCUCAUGGAAUGUUUUUUAACUAGCUCGUUGAUACAUGAUUGUGCGAAUCGUAGAUAUUUUUAUUUUAUGAAAUAGUUUUUACGAUUCAACCCAUUUAUCAUGCUUAUCAACGAUCAUAAUGUUUAUCAGCGAUAUAUAUUUUUAGAAUGAAGUCUGUAUUAUUGAUGUUAAAGCGCAAAUGGGUUGAACGUUUUUAUCGUGAAUCCGUUUUAAUGAGUUACAUAUAUCGAGUUGAGUUAUAUUGAAAAUUCCAAUGAUAAAAUAACUGCUGAGAAAUGUAUGUUAUGUUGAGUGAAAUCGCGAAUGAAGAGAAUGUUAAGUUUGCACUCGUAACAGAAUUCACGCUUAAAUUGUGAAUAAUCUUUCCUGAAACAUAUUUCGCGAGUAUAAUGUUAAUUACAGCAAGAAUAAUAUGUCGAUCACAUCGUUGACGUUCUGGAAGAAUUUGUUACAGUCUAAAAGCAUAGUGAUGCUCUGUGGAGUUUGAUUUUAUAUGCUGAUGAAGAACAGUUAUUGCAUAGAAAAUGAAGCAGAUAUCAGUAAGAAAUGUUACAAAUCUGAAAAUUUUAUAAAUCCUAUUGUUAGGCAAUGUAUCAUGCAAGUAUUUGUUAUUAAUCAUCAAGCUAGUAUAUCAUUAUACCAACGUUAUAUCAGUAAGAAGUGUAACUGCCAUCUAUCUAAAUUCAGAAUAACGAAAUAUUUCAUUUCGAAUUUUUACUUUCGUAAUUAUUCGAUAUAUUUUUUUCUAAAAAUUAUUUUCUCAACAGUGUUUGUAUUAAUUAUUUCGAUAGCUAGUUAUUUUACUAAUGCAUACAUAUUUCCUUUAUAAGCAAUUUUUUCACAUACAUUUUAAAGUUUCGAAUUUUACCUUUUUCUUAUCAUGUAUUAUAACGACAUACUUAAAAAAAUAACUGCAAAUUGUAUAACUAUAAUUCUUCACUUUGUUCAUAUUGAUAGAUAUAGCGUUCUAUGAACUAUACAUUUUUCUUCUUUAGGAAAAGUGCAUUGUUUGUUUAUUCUUGAUAUAUAAAAACGUUGGUGCUAUCAGAACAUUUCAUAUGCCAUAAAAAAUUUAAUCUGCUCAACUGAGAGAAAGAAUAUUUUACAAACAAAAUACGCUUCUACAUACAAGAAUGUUAUUUUGCGUUUCUUUUUUUUCUUUUUACAAUCGUAAUACUAUUAUUCUAAAAGUCUGUGUUUUUUUCAAUAAUCGCUUUUCGUGAUACAUGUUUCUUGAACAUUAUCAAGGGGCUUCGUUCCAUAUGAGCCAAGCGAAUAAUGGCAAAUUUAGCAAUUUGACGAACGAAGAAUAACAUUUACGCAAUGUACAAAUGUAGGGUAAGCCUUAUAGAUUGGUUUUUCAUUUAACGUCCAGCAUUUUGUGAUAGUAAUACAAUCAAGAGCAAGAAAAUAUGUUGCAAAUAUGAUUGAUUGGGUAUAUUCAAAAUAUAGCAAAAUGACCAUAAUUUCUAUAAAGUGGUCAAUCUUCGAAAGAAACAAAAAGAUAUAAGGAGAAAAAUAACUCCAUUUGGUUUGAGUGAAAUAACAUUCUUUACCGCCAUUAAUCACAAUUGGAGUAAAGCUGGUUUUGUUGAGAUAUGUAAAAUAUAUUAGAUUAUUCGAUUUUAUAUUCGUGACACAGUAAUGUGCUUUCAAAACAUAUAUAUAUUACGCAUAAAUUACAGCAUAUUAUUACGUGAAACGCGUCUUUAUCUACGUUACAUGUAUAUACAUAUAUAUAUAGAUAUAUAAUAAAAUUUAUGAUUUGUACAUACAUAUAAUAAAUAUAAGUCUAUCUCUUCGGGAAAUACAAUAAAUUCGCAUGUUGGUAGGUUAAAUAGAGCUAUUCUUUUCACAUAGGUGCCGAAGUAAAUCCAAGAAAUUUAUUAUUACAUUUUAAUUCUAAAGGUAAAACAUCAAAAUCAGAAUAAUUCUUUUUGUGAAAAAUGGCAUUAAGCUACAAAAUAUGCGUUUUGUUAUAAAAAAAUGAUAACAAAUAAAAUGUAUCUUCUAUCUGAAUUUAAUCUCCAAUCGUUUUCAAUGAAAUACCUUGGUUUUGUUGAGCAGGUUUAUAUAUAUCUCAAGUUUUCGUUACAAUUGAUACAUUUACGAAAUUAAGAUUUUGAAUAAUAUCUAAAAUUCGAUCAAUCUAUAUUCCUUUAUCAGUGUGCUCGAAUGCUGCCGAGGUGAUAUACUUGCGGUAAAUAAUGAACAUCAAAAGAGGGUUCUAACACAAAAUGUUAAAGGUGAACAGAAGUAUUAAUUGAAUUGUAUGUAAUGUAUGUAUAGAAUGGUUUAUGAAUGAUGCGAUUCUACUUUAAUGUAACAUAAUUAUAUUAUAUCUUUAAUGCACUUUAUAAUUCAUAUGUCGAUGUAUGUUUAUGGGAAAUACGGAUAAUGAAAGAUGUAUACUGUAUAUUAAUAUUACUAUCUAUAAUUGCUAUUAUAAUAAAGAAAAAUAUGUGAAAGAUAA